AUGGCUGCAUUGACGACAUCCACGGCCCGGGUUUGCCCUGUCGCUGCUGUCGCUGCUGCCUUGAACAGCUUCAUGACUGCCACUGCAAACAAAAGCCUUGGGGCGGUACACAUGCCGUCGACAACCUUAAACUCCACUGUUUACCCGAGUGUGGAGUAUCUCAUCCGAAUGGUGCCGAAACGCGUCCUGCAUUCGGCACUUCCAUUCCUAGAUUUCCCGGCAGCCUCACCAUCUCAGGGUCUUCUGUUUGUGGUAGCAGUCCAAGAGGUCCACAUCGACGCCCGGGUUACUUUUCGACGCCCUCGACGCCAGCGACAUCAGCACUACACACGACACCUGUUUGCUGUACCCACCGUCACAAGCAACAAGUCCGUAGCAGCUGACAACUUCACACCCACGAGCACCCCCAUGCCCGUCGUCACCAUGCCGGGUCAUCCUGCCUCCCAGCUCCUCCCGAGUGGGAAGACCCCUACCGCGAGCGGACCAAGCCCUACUUUGGGACCUUCUCAAAUCCUACUUUUCGCCAUCUUUGAAACCGACGGGAGGCACACGAAGCAAACACGACCCGUAUAG